AUGCGAGCGCGCGAGAAACUUGCCGCCAUCGUCGGCGCCCUGCUGUCGACAAAGGCCGUCGUCGCCGCCAAAUCGGAGCCGAACACGCAGCUCGACGGCCUACCAUCGUACCACUACGACGCGCCCAUCCACGUCGAGUGCAUGAACCGCAGCUCGGAAACGGGCGAGCACAUCGAAGACGCCAACCAUCAAGUGCAAUGGAUCCCCUUCCCCGUCUGCAAUGAGACCAGCAGGCCGCUCGAGUUCCGCUACGGCGUCGAGGCCGAGGUCAACUGCACCAUCGCCAGCGUCUCGGACCCCUUCUUCCACCUCCUCGAGUUUUACAUACACAGCGACGCACCGCUCACCUGCCGGCUGCCCGCGCGGCCGCCGCACCACGUCGAGGUCAUCGGCGAGACGCCGCCAAAGGCCGAGCACAUCCCGCUCGUCUUCGCCCUCGCCGGCACCCUGCAGCUGAGCCACAUGCACAUCAGCACCCACAUGAACGUGCUGCUGCACAGCACGCCCAAGCACCACCUGCGCCGCCACGACAGCGGCGUCCUCGACUCGGGCGUCGCCUACAGCACGAGUCCGCUGAGCCACAUGGAGGGCAUCCAGAGCAGGCGGCUCAUCAUCGGCGACCCGCUGCCCCUCACCUUUUCCGUCCGAUGGUUCCCGACGCCGGCGCUGCCCAAGACGGAGGGCAGGGUCGAGUGGCAGGGCCUCGGCGGCCACAUCUACGCGAGCACCGUCUUCUACAGCAUCGUCGCCUUUGGCGCCGGCGUCUGCCUCGCCGGCAUGUACACCUUGGGCGUCGUGCUGCCGCGGCGGUUGAAGGCCCGUUCGCUGGGCGGCGCCACGCCCUUGGGCUACGGCGUCAACGGCGUCGGGAACGGAUGGGGCUACGCGGCUUCCAAGAGGAUAGACUAG